GCACGCUCCGGGCAGCAGGUAGCGCCCGCCAGGUGCGCGGCCGAACAUGGACUGUCUGCUGCUGGCCGUCUGGACUUUACCUGCUGCGAUCCUCGGCGGCAGCUCCAUGCCAUUCCAGACUCUCCCGUGGCUCGGAAGCACUGUAAAGACCCUUCAGCUGUGUUGCCUCUGUUGCCUGUCUCAUGCGGCAACUUUAACCAGUGACAGCAUCAGUGAAUUGACUCAUGAUUAUGUGUUUGUGACACCUGUCAGAGUGGAUGCCAGCGGAUCGUACAUUUCACAUGAUGUUUUGCACAGUACUAGGAGAAAGAGAUCAACUCAGAGUUCAAAGAGUUCCUUGCACUACAAAUUUUCAGCAUUUGGACAGGAACUUCACUUAGAGCUUAAACCUUCAACCAUUUUAAGCAACAGUUUUAUUGUCCAGGUACUCGGGAAAGAUGGAGUGUCACAUUCUCAGGAACAUGAAAUUGAGCAGUGUUUCUACCAGGGAUUUAUAAGGAAUGAUAGCACCUCUUCAGUAGCAAUAUCUACGUGUGUAGGCUUGUCGGGUUUGAUCCGGACGCGGCAGAUGGAGUUCCUCAUCUCCCCCUUACCUCAGCAGCUGGCUCGGGAGCACAACUUCACGUCCCCCGCCGGCCACCACCCGCACGUGCUGUACAAGAGGACAGCCGAGGGCAAGGUGCACCUGUCCCCAGCACGGCCCCAUCCCAAAUCCUCCCCCGGCCGCCGCAGAGCGCGCGCAUCCCGCGGCCCCCACGCGCCAGCCAGCGCCUACCGCCACGGAAGGUUCCAAAAGCUGCAUUUUUGUGGACGGCGCAAGAAAUAUGCACCCAAGCCACCCACAGCAGAGACCUACAUUCGCUCAGAUGAGUAUGGGACUUCUGCGAGGUUCAAAAGAUCGUCUGCUAAGAUUCAGAAAAAUGGAAGUCUAAACGUCGAAACCCUUGUUGUGGCGGAUAAAAAAAUGUUGGAGAAACAUGGCAAGGAAAAUGUAACAACAUAUAUCUUAACAGUCAUGAACAUGGUCUCUAGUCUGUUUAAGGAUGGAACAAUUGGAAGUGAUAUAAACAUUAUUGUUGUGAGCCUGCUUCUUUUGGAACAAGAGCCUGGCGGGCUGCUGAUCAACCACCACGCUGACCAGUCCCUGAACAGCUUCUGCCAGUGGCAGUCGGCCCUGGUUGGCAAGAACGGGAAGCGCCACGACCACGCCAUCCUGCUGACGGGCUUGGACAUCUGCUCCUGGAAGAACGAGCCCUGUGACACUUUAGGAUUUGCACCCAUCAGUGGCAUGUGCAGCAAAUACCGCAGUUGCACCAUUAAUGAAGAUACAGGCCUUGGACUGGCUUUUACAAUUGCUCAUGAAUCUGGACACAACUUUGGGAUGAUUCACGAUGGAGAAGGAAAUGCUUGUAGAAAAGCUGAGGGAAAUAUCAUGUCUCCCACACUCACUGGAAACAAUGGAGUGUUUUCUUGGUCUGUGUGCAGCAGGCAGUAUCUCAACAAAUUUCUCAGUACAGCUCAAGCUGCCUGCCUGAUUGAUGAGCCUAAGCAAACAGGACAGUAUAAAUACCCUGACAAACUGCCAGGGCAGAUCUAUGAUGCUGAUACCCAGUGCAAAUGGCAAUUUGGAAUGAAAGCAAAACUGUGCAACCUCAGCUUUGUAAAGGAUAUCUGCAAAUCUCUCUGGUGUCACAAAGUGGGUCACAGGUGUGAGACAAAGUUCAUGCCCGCAGCAGAAGGGACAGCUUGUGGUAUAAGUAUGUGGUGUCGCAGAGGUCAGUGUGUCCGCUACGGUGACCACGGGCCCAGGGCUGUCAAUGGCCAGUGGUCAGCCUGGUCCCAGUGGUCAGAGUGCACUCGCACCUGUGGAGGGGGGGUCACCUAUCAAGAGAGGCACUGCAAUAAUCCAAAGCCACAGUAUGGUGGGAAGUUCUGCCAAGGUUCCAGCCGUGUUUAUCAGCUUUGCAAUAAGCAGCCUUGCCCAGCAGACAGCCUGGACUUCCGAGCCCUGCAGUGUGCAGAGUACAACAGCAAACCCUUCCGGGGCUGGUUCUACAAGUGGAAGCCCUACACCAAGGUGGAAGAGGAAGACAGAUGUAAACUGUACUGCACAGCUGAAGACUUUGACUUUUUCUUCGCAAUGUCCAGCAAAGUGAAGGAUGGAACUCUGUGUUCUCCAAAUAAUUAUGAUGUUUGUAUUGAUGGAAUAUGUGAACAAGUAGGGUGUGAUCAUGGACUUGGUUCCAAAGCUGUGUUGGAUGCUUGUGGAGUUUGUAAAGGAGAUAAUUCAACGUGCAAGUUCUUUAAAGGCCAAUACUUGAUCCAGCACAAAGCUAAUGACUACUACGCGGUGGUGACGGUGCCGGCGGGCGCGCGCAGCAUCCAGCUGCAGGAGAUGCACGUCUCCCCCAGCUACCUGGCCGUGCGCAGCCUGGCCAGCAGGUACUACCUGACAGGGGACUGGACCAUCGACUGGCCAGGGAAGUUCCCUUUUGCUGGGACAGUGUUCGAUUACCAGCGCUCCUUCAGCCACCCCGAGAGCCUCUACGCGGCGGGACCCACCAACGAGACGCUGGUCUUUGAAAUCCUGUUACAAGGCAAAAAUCCUGGGAUUUCUUGGGAAUAUACAUUUGCCAAAAGCAGCAUUGAAAACAAGACAUCUGUCAGAAAACACAGCUACUCCUGGGUAACAGUGCAGUCUGAGUGCUCAGUGACCUGUGGUGGUGGACACAUUACAGCAAAAGCAGUUUGUUUGGAAGAUCAUCGUGCACGGGUCAACAGCUCCCUUUGUGGCCCAAGGACAAAGCCUUUAACUGAAACAAAACUGUGCAACACACAUCCCUGCCCAGCCUACUGGUCAGCAGGUGAAUGGAGCACGUGCAGCAAGUCUUGUGGAGGGGGACAGCAAAGCCGCCUCAUUCAGUGUGUCCAGAAAAGGGCUUUCCAAAGAGAGGAGGUGGUGGCCCAUUCCCUGUGUCCUGUCAGCACCCCAGCACAGGUACAGGUGUGCAGUACUCAGGACUGCCCACCUGAAUGGAGCCCUGGCCCCUGGUCUCAGUGCUCCAAGACUUGUGGGAGAGGUAUUAAGAAACGGGAUGUCUACUGCAAGAGUACUGGUUCUCCCAAGGUGAAAAUCUUGCCUGAAGACAUGUGCAGCACAGACCCUAAGCCUGAGUCCCAGCAGACCUGUGUGCUCGGCCGCUGUCCCAAAAAUGACCGGCUCCAGUGGGUGAUUUCUUCCUGGAGUGAGUGCUCAGCCUCCUGCGGGCCCGGCCUGCGGCAGCGAGAGCUCAAGUGUGGCGAGAAGAGCAUCCACGGGAAAUUGGUCACCUUCCCCCAGAGGAGGUGCAGGAACAUCAAGAAACCAAACACCAACCUGGAGGAAGCCUGCAACAAGGGAGCCUGUCCAUCACAGACCUUGUACAACAUGGUGUCUGGCUGGUAUUCCUCGCCCUGGCAGCAGUGCACGGUGAGCUGCGGCGGGGGAGUGCAGACGCGGAGCGUGCAGUGCCUGCGCCAGGGCCGGCCCGCUGCUGGCUGCCUGCCCCAGCAGAAACCAGCUGUCCUGAGAGCCUGCAACACCAACUUCUGCCCAGCCCCCGGCAAAAGAGAUGAUCCUUCUUGUGUGGAUUUCUUCACUUGGUGUCAUCUGGUGCCCCAGCAUGGUGUCUGUAACCACAAAUUUUAUGGCAAGCAGUGUUGUAAAUCAUGCACGAAGAAGAACUGAUAGCAACGUGUUAUCUGAACCCUUCAGUGAUUUCUCUUCUUCAAUUUAUGUUGGAAUUAUCUCUGCUUUGAGGCAAGACAUGGUGCCACAUAAACCACUGAUGGAAGAGACAUUUUUUCUAAGGGAAUGUCUGAGGUACAGUAAUUGUUGGAUAUAUGUUGAAAAAGGAAUGUUUCUUUCUUAUUUUUUUUCUUAAUUUGCUGACCUCACUAAAGCACAGGGUACUAUGGAUCACUUGAACACUGAGACCCAAGGGGAAGUUCUUCUUUGUUCAAAAGUGUCACUUUGCACUGUCACAUAUAACAAGGAAGAAAUCAAGGCAAGGGAGCCUUUUUUGGCUGAUUUACCAGAAUGCAAAGCAGGAGAGUUGGGAGCUGGAGGAGGAAGGACCACACCAUCAGGAGGUGUCCUUUCCUACUUUUUGUGACUUGUCCCAGGGUGAGGAAGCUGUUUGCUGCCCUGGAGGGACAUCCAUGGCCGAGGGCUGGAGAAGGCAGUGUCACACCUGUGGCCACCAGAAGUAAAUAGUGCACUACAAAGAUACUAUGGUGCUUCUCUACCAGGCUUGCUGCUGGAAAAGCAAGUUGUGCAUCAUGAUAAUGUUUUUAUAGUUUUUGAAGAAUUCAUUUUCUGCUUCGUGUAGAAACUCAGAGGUGGUUAACUAGUAACUUGAAAUGUAUUUCUAGAAAUAUGCAGCUUUAGAAUAUUUGGACUUUUAAUAUUGCUGUGUUACAAGUAAAAUAGAAUUUCAUAUUUCAACUAACUCAAGGAAGUCGGAUUGAUUGAGCUCAAUGGUAAUGUUUUCAACUUUCUAAGCUCGUUAGAUACGUAAUUUUAAAA